ACAGAAGAACUGUGAGUAAACGUUCAGUAUAAAAAGGGUUAAUAAUAAAACCGAAAACCGUGUUUAUCUACAACAGCUUUAAUUAUUUCUCAGUUAGUCACAUGCACUUCGUGUGGCAUCAUUUCCUGUUUGACAGCAACGCAAGCGUCCCGUGAAACAGGACGGUAACUAUGACAACGACUUGGGACGUGGGCCGGGUCUGAGCUUGCCAGGCUUUGCGUACUGUACCCUCCGAAGACAGGAACUGCAACACGAAAAUGCCACAGAAAGUUCUUAAAUGUACCGUGGAGCUGGAUAUUCAAACUAUAACCUGCCCAGGAGUGGUCCUGCAUGACAAGGAAGAUGUCUACCUCAGUGUCUGUAUUCUGGGAAAAUACCACAAGAGCAAGUGCCACCGACCAGUCUUCCCCAUUGUAUUCCAUGAGAAAAUGACAUUUGAAAAGAUCUUUGGGGAUGCAGUAGACCCAGGGCAUGUUGCUGAGCUCCUGGAACUUGAUACAACAACAUUUGAACUGAUCCAGCUUGUUCCACCAGUUGGUGAAACUUUAGCUACGUUUGUGGAAAGCACCCGGGAGUUCCUGUAUCCUGGUCCCAGGCUGACCUCCAGCUACCCCGGCAGUGAUCGGGAUGUGCUGAUGAGAAGAUCCGACUCCUUCCCAGGAAUUGCUCCCAAAGUGGAAUUUUCUACAAGUUCUGUAAUAAAGGAAUGUGCUUUAAACAAGGAUGAAGCCCUCUCACAGGUGCAGCACUCAAUGGCAGUAAAGCCCCGCUCUGGGAGAAAAUCUAAGAAAAGUUCUGGUUCGCUCACUGUAGUCCAACAGAACCAACUAUCCAGAAGCUACGAAAAGCCAACGGUGUCAUCCCAGUCGCGAUCACCCUCUCCGUACACUAGGAGGCGCAUGUGCGAGCUAUCAGAAGAGGCAGGACAGAGGCUGGCUCACUUCGGUCUGGGGCCGUACAAGUUCAAGAAGGACACAGACAGCCCCCCUCCCUUUGUCGUGCGGCAUGUUGCCAGUAGACAGCUGGCCUCCAUGGAUGACAGUGCUCUAUCUUUCCAAUCGCCUUCCUCCAAACAGAGCUUGCGGUACCAUUCUCCUGGCUCCAGGGUUUGUGAAGACCCUUCCCUCCUGGGCAGCUACAGACCGAAGACUGUCAGAGUUAUCCGCGAGCCUCGGGAGACAGGUGAUCUCUCUCGCUCCUCAGACUUGUUUGAUGAACGCUUCAUCUCCAGGCCUGCCAGUAGGCACACUUCAUCUGCCAGGCCGUUAAAAGUCCACUCGGCUCCCUCGUCGGCACAGAAAUGCCCCCAGAGUCCUCUGCUGAACCGCGCUUCCCUUAAAGAAAGAUUCCAAACUGAUCUGGCCACUCCAACAAAUUGGGAGGAGAUCCAUGAGAGGAUUAAAAAGAUUUUAAAGACUCACAGUACCAGGCAGAGAUUAACCUUUGAUGGGGAUUCUGGGAGAGACGAGACGCUGCUGAGGAAAGCAGUUUCCUGUAACGACUCCCUGUGCGACAGCGGCCUACAGGAGGAAAGGAGCUCUGGGUUCCUCGGCAACGCCUCGGUGCAUUUAGAUGCUGGAGAGUAUUGGUCAAACCGGGCUGCUGAGUUCAAAGGGAAACCGCACAGAGCUGUAUUCGAGGAGAGCAUGGACAAGAUAUACAGAAACAUGUACAGGAAGGCCUCAAGCACUUCCUAACAGGCCCUCCGUGGCCAUUCUGUGUUUAGUAAUCUACUAAAUGGAUACUUGAAUUGUUCAACAACAAUAUUUUGAAAUUGAUUUAUACAUUGAUCUGUACCUGAAUGGCUGGCUUUGUAUUCAAAUCAGAAGUGGGUGUAGUUACUGGCAUGUGUUAUAAGCUCUUGACUAUGCCCACCAGGGAGACCCAGCAGCUAAGACUUUACAAUGAGUGCACCAUUUCCUUUUGAGCAUCAUUGACUCGUGUUUUAUUACUCAGUUAUUUUAAGGGUGCUUUUUUUAAAACAAUAUGUAUUCUAAUUUAAGUAUUAACCUGUUACCAAAGAAUUGUCCACAUGUGCAUUUGUGUUGCUAUCAUAUCACACUCCAUUUUUAAUACUGUCAAAAUAAAUGUUUUUCUUUUUUUUUUUUUUUUUAAAUGGAUAUGAUUAUUACAGGAGAGACACAGAAAUAAUUAGAUGAACAAAUUACUUUUGACUU